UGGCGCUUGCUCGUGGUGUAACGGUUAAGCUGAUCACUCGUGGCUCGUGUAUACGUUGCCAUGGAGAGAGACCGGAAACCACUACUUUCGUUUCCACCAACUAGUUUAAGUUAAAGAGAAAAACGAUAUUACAUCUGACAUCUACCACGAGGGCUCAAGUCAGUGGUUUAGCUUUUACGUUAUCCAUGGAACACAGCUAUUGAUUGAUUCCAGAAAUCAAUAUAUCCAUAAGGAUCUUCUCUCAGCAAAACGCUUUAAAAAGUAAGCCUCACCCGCCUAUCGCUCUCCUCGCCGAGCCCAUCGACUCGUUUCGAUAAGCACUUCCGGCACACACUUUGUUUCCGUCUGCGCAGGACGCGAGAAGAGAACUGUGGUAGCGUGCUUGGUUACGGCUAGAGGUGACAGCAUACUCGGGCCGGGCAUUGCGACGGACGAGUCAAGCCUUCAUUCUAUCUAUGGCAGUGGACUGUCAUUGUUAGUUUUAUAUGUGCAAAGAGAAUUUACGUAGUUUUUCUAUAGCGUUCAGUUGUUCUUGGAAUAACCAUGGCGGAUGUUGAGGACGAAGCUCCUGGAGAGAAGGAGGCGAACAAGGGAGCGAGCCCUAAGCCUGAUACGGAGGAAUCCACAGAAGUAGCGCCUCCUCUUGUCUCUUCUAAAGAUCCUGUUGAUCAGCCAGAUGCAGAGAAAGAGGACAACAAAGAUGAGAAGAGCGGCAAGAAAACGCCUGCCCAGAAAGCUCCCGCGAAGGUGAGCAUGGCCAACAAAGGCAAGCAGAACACUGUGCUCACUGGGGAGGCCAUGAAGGAAAUGCAGAAGCAGGCCAAAGCCAAUAAAGAUGAGCGCCGUAUGCAGAUGGAUGCAAGGCAUAAGUAUCUCCUCGAGCAGUUGGCAAACGCCCUCAACAUUGAUUCUUCGGCCGUUGAAGAGUUCAUGGUCUCGGACGAUCGGUUUGACUUGAUGGACGACUUCUUCAAGGCUGACGGGUCCCGCAAAAUCAUGUUCUUCUACCAAGACGUGGCUAAAGGCAAGAGCGAUAAGAAGAAGCUAUUCAUUACCCCUGGAGACGCUGAGGGACUGCACGGUAUCUGUCUGUUUUUCCUGCGCACCACGCCGAAAGCCAUUACCCCUCAGAACAUCGCCCAGGAGGUCAACUUCGGCACCAUGGACUGCACCGGGGGGAAAGUGCUCUCUGGAUUCGAAAAGCAUUUGUCCAAGAUCAUUCUGCCUGCUCUUAAGUCUUUGGAGCAAUGGGGAACCCUGUCUAGGGAGAACGGGAACGGGGCUCAAGUGGAGGACUUUCUGGAACACCUGGAGAAGUUCAUCAACAGCUUGAUGUCAGCCCUCAAGAACAUGGAGGGUCAGGUGCACCUAGAGGAGAACGGGCACUCACACAUCAUCGACAACAUCAAGACUCCAGCUGACUAUCAGGACACUGCGAGCAACACUGAGUACCUUGAGAAGCUGGAGGAGCUGCUUGUGUUGUGGGCCAAGCAGAUCGAGCAGGUGUUGGCCGAGAGUGAGCAGAUGAGGCGAGAGGCGGAUGACAUUGGACCCACGGCUGAGUUGGCUUACUGGAAGAGCAGGAUGGCCAAAUUCAACAACUUGCUGGAACAGAUGAAGAGCCCCAGGGUUAAGGCCGUUGUGGGCGUGUUGCAGGUGUCCAAGUCGAAAACCUUGAAGAAAUGGAAAGAACUGGAUGGACGCAUCACUGAUGCUGCCAACGAAGCCAAAGACAACGUGAAAUACCUGUACACUUUAGAGAAGUUCUUUGGCCCAUUGGUCAAGUGCACACCUGCCUCCAUGACAGAGCAUAUCCCGAGCCUGAUGAACGCGAUCAGAAUGAUCUACAGCAUCUCCCAGUACUACAACACGUCGGAGAGGAUGACGUCACUGUUCGUCAAGGUCACCAAUCAGAUGAUCACUACCUGUAAGGCGUACAUCUACCAGGGCGUCACGAAAAUCUGGGAGCACUCCAGGGAGGAGCUGCUGAAACGACUGGACGACUGUGUUCAGCUGAACAUGGAAUACCAAAAGCAAUUCCAGAAGACCAAGGAAAAGCUCAGAGAGACUCCCAAUGAGAGACAGUUUGAGUUCAGUUUGACAGCGACUACGUCGAGUUCAAGAGCCAAGUAGAAAACUUGAGAAACUCCAUCCAGUCAUUCAUGGACUCUUGGUUCUCGCGAUCUCUCAGCACUGAGAAAGCCCUGGAGCUGCUGGACAAGUUUGAGGCUAUCAGCGCCGCCCAGCUGGACCUGACAGACAAGUACAUGCGCGUCAUGACGGUCUACGGCCGCGACCUGGAGUCCAUCCGGAAGAUCUACCAGAAGCACAAGAACGACCCCCAGAUCCCGCGCAACCUGCCGCCCAUCGCGGGAAAGAUCGCCUGGGCCAGGCAGCUGUACAGGAAGAUAGAGACGCCCAUGAAAAUCUUCAAGAACAAGCCUGGUAUUCUGAAGCACCCUGAGUCCAAGAAGACGAUCAGGAACUUCAACAAAAUGGCGGGAGUCCUUUUGGAAUAUGAGAUGUUGUACCACCGUGGUUGGUAUAGAGCUGUGGAGGCCGCCAAAUCUGGACUGCACGCCUCCCUGUUGGUGAGACACCCAGAGACGGAGGAACUCUUUGUGAACUUUGACUCCCAGAUCCUGGAGCUCAUACAGGAAGCUAAGUGGCUGCAGGUGAUCAGCGAGCACAAGGAUGUGGUGAAAAUCGUCAUCCAGCUCAACUCUAUCAUCAGCACCUUCAAGGGCGAUGUCCAAGAGUCAUUGGACACAUUCACAGGCUAUUCAGAGCUCUGGACUCAGGAGCCAGAGACGAGAGUGAAGGAAUUCAUGGCGAACAAUCCCAUCAUGUCAGAGAUUGAGGCUCAGAUCAGAUACUAUCAGAGAGAACGAGAUCCGCAUCGACAUGACCAUCACUCCCAUCGAGGAGACGUACGCCUUGCUCAACAAGUACAACAUUUUCUUCAAUGACGGUAACGCCGAGAGGGUGGAUUCACUUUCUUACGGUUGGAAGAAAGUCUCUGCUCAGUCCACUUCCAUUCAGGAGCGUCUCCUGCAGAUCCAGCCGGACUUCAAAGCCGACCUGUUGGUGGGAGUUGAGCAGUUCAUUCUGGAUAACAACGAAUUUGUCUCUUCCUACGACACAUCGGGUCCGAUGGAAGACGGCAUUUCCCCUCGCGAGGCAUCGGACCGGCUCAACAUCUACCAGGCUCGUUUCGACGAGCUGUACAGGAAGUACGUCACGUACUCGGGCGGUGAGGAGCUGUUCGGCCUGACCGUCACCGAGUACCCGGAUUUGAUGCGCAUAAAAAAGGAACUGAACCUGCUGCAGAAGCUCUACCAACUGUACAACGCCGUCCUGGAGAAUGUCAACGGCUACUACGACAUACCCUGGUCCGACAUCGACAUUGAGAAGAUCAACUCCGAGCUCCUUGAGUUCCAGAACAGAUGCCGAAAGCUGCCCAAGGCCCUGAAAGAGUGGCAAGCAUACGAGGAUCUGAGGAAAACCAUUGAUGACUUCAACGAGACCUGUCCUCUCCUCGAGAUGAUGGCCAACAAGGCAAUGCAACAGCGUCAUUGGGAGAGGAUUGCUCAAAUCACUGGCCACAGUUUUGACGUGGAGUCUGAGGGCUUCCUGCUCAGAGAUCUCAUGAAGGCGCCUCUGCUGCAGUACAAGGAGGAUAUUGAGGACGUAUGUAUCUCAGCCGUCAAAGAAAAGGACAUCGAGGCGAAGCUGAAGCAGGUGGUCAACGACUGGAGCGCCCAGACCUUCCAGUUUGGAAAUUUCAAGACCCGAGGGGAGCUGCUACUCAAAGGUGACUCCACCUCCGAGACAGUGGCUCUUAUGGAAGACAGCUUGAUGGUUCUGGGUUCACUGCUCAGCAACAGAUACAACGCCCCCUUUAAACCCAAGAUCCAAGAAUGGGUGCAGAAACUGACAGGUACCACAGAGAUCAUUGAGAACUGGCUCAUUGUACAGAACCUCUGGAUCUACCUGGAGGCUGUCUUUGUGGGCGGAGAUAUUGCCAAGCAGUUGCCACAGGAAGCCAAACGUUUCAGCAACAUCGACAAGUCGUGGCAGAAGAUCAUGCAGCGGGCGCACGAGAACCCCAACGUGGUGACGUGUUGUGUCGGUGACGACACCUUGAGCCAGCUGCUUCCUCAUCUGCUGGAGCAACUUGAGAUUUGCCAGAAGUCGCUCACGGGAUACCUGGAGAAGAAGCGACUUCUUUUCCCCAGAUUCUUUUUCGUGUCUGACCCCGCUCUGCUGGAGAUCCUGGGUCAGGCCAGUGACUCGCACACUAUUCAGAAUCACCUGUUGAGUGUGUUUGAUAACACCCGCCUGGUCACAUUUGACGAGAAAGUUUAUGACAAAAUCUUGGCCAUCAACUCCCAAGAGGGCGAGAAAGUGGAUCUGGACGAGGCUGUUAAUGCACAGGGCAACGUGGAGACGUGGCUGGGAGAUCUUCUGCGUGUGGGUCGUCGUUCCAUGCACAGCAUCAUCCGUAUGGCCGCCAUUGCUAUUGGGGACCAAGGAUUCAAUCUGCUGGAGUUUGAAAACACAUUCCCCUCACAGGUGGGCCUUUUGGGUAUUCAGAUGAUCUGGACCAGGGACUCCGAAGAGGCCCUGAACAACGCCAGGACCGACAAGAAGAUCAUGGCCAACACCAACCAGAAGUUCCUGGAGAUGCUCAACAUGUUGAUUGACCAGACCACCAGAGACCUGACCAAGAUGGAGAGAACAAAGUUCGAGACUCUCAUUACCAUCCACGUGCAUCAGAAAGACAUCUUUGAUGAUCUGGUCCGCUUCCACGUGAAGUCGGUGAAUGACUUCGAGUGGCUGAAGCAGUCUCGCUUCUACUACAAAGAGGACCUAGACGCCUGCAUCAUUUCCAUCACGGACGUGGAUUUCACCUACAUGAUGGAGUUCCUGGGUUGUACCGACCGCCUCGUCAUCACACCUCUCACUGACAGAUGUUACAUCACCCUGGCUCAGGCCCUGGGUAUGGCCCUGGGAGGUGCCCCGGCCGGGCCCGCGGGGACAGGUAAGACAGAGACAACCAAGGACAUGGGCCGGUGUCUGGGCAAGUACGUGGUCGUCUUCAACUGCUCUGACCAGAUGGACUACAGAGGGCUGGGCAGAAUCUACAAAGGCUUGGCGCAGUCCGGCUCUUGGGGUUGCUUCGACGAGUUCAACCGUAUCGAGCUGCCAGUGUUGUCCGUGGCAGCACAGCAGAUUGCCAUUGUCCUCCAGUGCAAGAAGGAGCGAAAGAACCAGUUCAUUUUCACUGACGGCGACACGGUCGACCUGGACCCUGAAUUUGGUCUGUUCUUGACAAUGAACCCUGGUUACGCUGGACGCCAGGAGCUGCCCGAGAACUUGAAGAUCAACUUCCGUACCGUGGCCAUGAUGGUGCCUGACAGGGCCAUCAUCAUCCGAGUCAAGCUCGCCAGUUGCGGUUUCCUGCAGAACAUCGUGCUGUCUAAGAAGUUCUUCACGCUGUACAAGUUGUGCGAGGAGCAGCUCUCUAAACAGGGUGAGCACGUGUGGCUUGUGUUGGACGGUCCGGUGGACGCCAUUUGGAUCGAGAACCUCAACUCAGUGCUGGACGACAACAAGACCUUGACCUUGGCCAACGGUGACCGGAUUCCCAUGGCCCCCAACUGCAAGAUCAUCUUCGAGGUGCACAACAUUGACAACGCCUCGCCGGCCACUGUCUCUAGGAACGGCAUGGUCUUCAUGUCCAGCUCCAUCCUCGACUGGGACCCAAUCCUCAAAGGUUGGCUGUUGAAGCGGCCUCCACAACAGCAAGAUGCCAUCUACACCGCCUUCGAGGGCGUUUUCCCUAAACUGUAUCAGUUCAUGAAGCAGUCACUGGAGCCCAAGAUGGAGGUCCUCGAGUGCAACUACAUUCGCCAAGCCAUUGACCUGCUGGAGGGUCUCAUUCCCAACAGUGAUGACCACAAGGACAUCAGCAAUGACCAUCUGAGGAGGCUCAUCGUGUUUGCACUGAUGUUCUCAUUGGGCGCUUUGCUCGAGCUGGAUGACAGAAAGAAGAUGCAAGAUUGGCUUCAAUCCAACUGUGACCUCCCACUUCCUAGCCUGGAGGGAGAGGACACCAUCUACGAGUUCGUGGUGGGAGAGAAAGGCGACUGGCAACAUUGGCAGGAGAGGGUUCCCGAGUAUGAGUACCCACCCGACUCCACGCCUGAGUACACAUCCAUCCUCGUGCCCAAUGUGGACAAUGUCAGAACAGAUUUCCUCAUCAAGUCCAUUGCCAAACAGGGCAAGGCUGUGCUGCUGAUUGGUGAACAGGGAACGGCCAAGACAGUGAUGGUCCAGGGAUACUGUAACAAGUUUGACCCCGAGUCUCAUCUCUUCAAAAGCUUCAACUUCUCUAGCGCCACCACACCCAUGAUGUUCCAGCGCACCAUUGAGAGCUACGUGGACAAGCGUAUGGGCACAACCUACGGGCCACCUGCUGGCAAGAAGAUGACUGUCUUUGUGGACGACAUCAACAUGCCCGUCAUUAACGAGUGGGGAGAUCAGGUGACCAACGAGAUCACACGCCAGAUGAUGGAGGUCAACGGCUUCUACAACCUGGAGAAACCCGGAGAGUUCACCACCCUGGUGGAUGUACAGAUGAUCGCCGCCAUGAUUCACCCAGGCGGAGGUCGAAACGACAUCCCAGAGAGACUCAAGCGGGCUUUCAACAUCUUCAACUGCACCUUGCCCUCCAACACGUCCAUUGACAAAAUCUUCAAGACUGUCGGUCUGGGCUAUUUCAUCAAGGACCGUGGCUUCUCUGACGAGGUUCACGAACUGGUGAAGAUGCUGGUGCCUGCUACUCGCCACUUGUGGCAGAAGACGAAAGUCAAGAUGUUGCCAACACCAGCCAAGUUCCACUACGUCUUCAACUUGAGAGAUCUUUCCAGGAUCUGGCAGGGUAUGCUGAUCACCCUCAGCGAAGUGGUGAGCUCGACCGCCGUGCUCAUGUCGCUGUGGAAGCACGAAUGCAACCGUGUCAUCGCCGAUCGCUUCACGGAGCAGGCCGACAAGGACUGGUUUGAAAAGACGAUCAAACAGGUCGCCGAAGACGACUGUGGGUCAGCGAUGGCCAACGCUAUGGACUUAGAACCCUACUUUGUGGACUUCUUGAGGGAAGCGCCAGAACCCACAGGACGCCAUGACCAACCUCGUGAAGAUCUCCCGAAUCAUCCGCACGCCCCGUGGUCACGCCCUCCUCGUGGGUGUGGGCGGGUCCGGCAAGCAGAGUCUCACCCGCCUCGCAUCCUUCAUCGCCGGCUACUCCACCUUCCAGAUCACGCUGACCAGAUCGUACAAUGUGAGCAACUUGCUAGAAGACUUGAAGUAUCUUUACCGUACGGCUGGACAACAGGGCAAGGGCGUCACCUUCCUCUUCACCGACAACGAGAUCAAAGACGAAGCCUUCCUGGAAUACAUGAACAACAUCCUGUCUUCUGGCGAGGUGUCUGGUCUGUUCGCAAGGGACGAGAUGGACGAGAUCCUCCAAGAGCUGAUUGCUGUCAUGAAGAAGGACUUCCCCCGCCGACCGCCCACCAACGAGAACCUGUACGACUUCUACCUGUCACGUGUCAGGGAGAACCUCCACGUCGUGCUUUGCUUCUCUCCAGUGGGGGAGAAGUUCAGGAACAGAUCCCUCAAGUUCCCUGGCCUCAUCUCUGGCUGCACCAUGGACUGGUUCCAGCGCUGGCCAAAGGACGCCUUGGUGGCGGUGUCCAACCACUUCCUCUCCUCCUUCGACAUCACCUGCACACCCACGGUCAAAGCAUCAGUGGUCAACACUAUGGGUCUCUUCCAGGACAUGGUGGCUGAGAUGUGCGUUGAGUACUUCCAGCGGUACCGUCGCCAGACUCACGUCACGCCCAAGUCGUACCUUUCCUUCAUCUCAGGCUACAAGACCAUCUACGCGGAGAAAAAGGAAGAGAUCGGAAUGCUGGCUCACCGCAUGAAUACUGGUCUUGAGAAGCUGAUCGAGGCCACCGAGUCCGUGAACGAGCUCAGCAAGGAGCUGGCGGUCAAGGAGAAGGAGCUCGCUGUGGCCUCAAAGAAGGCCGACCAGGUGCUGUCAGAGGUCACAGUAAAAGCCCAGGCCGCUGAAAAGGUCAAGGCUCAAGUGCAAAAGGUCAAGGACAAGGCCCAGGCCAUCGUGGACUCUAUCUCUGAUCUGAACAUCAUCAACAUGUUGGUCCUCAACACGACCAUCUCCGAGUGGAAUCUUCAAGGUCUACCGAAUGACGAGCUGUCCAUCCAGAACGGCCUGAUUGUGACCAAGGCCUCUCGUUUCCCGCUGCUCAUCGACCCACAGGGACAGGGCAAAGCCUGGAUCAGGAACAGAGAGGGACAGAAUGAACUGCAGAUCACAUCCCUGAACCAGAAGUACUUCCGUACCCACCUGGAGGACGCUCUAUCCCUGGGACGACCUCUGCUCAUCGAGGACGUGGGAGAAGACCUUGACCCAGCACUGGACAAUGUGUUGGAGAAGAAUUUCAUCAAGUCUGGCUCCACAUUCAAGGUGAAAGUGGGCGACAAAGAGGUGGACGUGAUGAAAGGCUUCCGAGUCUACAUCACAACCAAGCUGGGCAACCCUGCGUACACCCCUGAGAUCUCUGCCCGUACCUCCAUCAUCGACUUCACCGUCACCAUGAAAGGUCUGGAGGAUCAGCUGCUGGGUAUUGUCAUCUUGACCGAGAAACAGGAGCUGGAAGCCGAGCGGACAAACCUCUUGGAGGAAGUAACCAGCAACAAAAGGAAGAUGAAGGAACUUGAGGAUAACCUGCUGUACAGACUGACUUCCACACAGGGGUCUCUGGUGGAGGAUGAGUCUCUGAUCGAAGUGCUCAAAGUGACCAAGACUACAGCUGAGGAGGUCAGUGAGAAACUGACCAUCGCUGCAGAAACCGAAAUUAAAAUCAACACUGCCAGAGAAGAGUUCCGACCAGUGGCUUCCAGAGGCAGCAUCAUCUACUUUGUUAUCGUGGAGAUGAGCAUGGUAAACGUCAUGUACCAGACGUCACUCAAGCAGUUCUUGGAACUCUUUGACCUCUCCAUGGCGCGUUCCCAGAAAUCCCCGAUCACCAGUAAGAGGAUCAACAACAUCAUUGACUAUCUCACACUCUCCGUGUUCAAAUACACGUGUAGAGGUCUCUACGAGACGGACAAGUUCUUGUUCACCAUUUUGCUGACGUUGAAGAUCGAGAUGGCUGCAGGACGAGUGAGAGGAGAGGAGUUCAGCGUCUUCAUCAAGGGCGGUGCUGCGCUGGAUCUGAAUGCUGUGGAGCCCAAACCUAAGAGAUGGAUCAUGGACAUGACGUGGCUGAAUCUUGUGGAGUUGGGCAAACUGCCGCAGUUCUCACAGAUUCUCUCACAAGUCGGCCGUAAUGACAAGGCAUGGAAGGCCUGGUUCGACGAGGAUGCCCCAGAAGAAGUGACCAUCCCAGACGGUUACACCAACAGUCUAGACAACUUCCGGAAACUUCUGCUUAUCCGCUCCUGGUGUCCGGAUAGGACCAUCCCCAUGGCCCGUGUCUACGUGGCUGAAGCUAUGGGACCCGAGUUCGCAGAGGGCGUGAUUCUCAACUUGGAAGCUAUGUGGGAGGAGUCCAACAACCGCAAUCCCAUGAUCUGCUUCCUGUCCAUGGGAUCUGACCCCACAGAGAACAUUGAGCGUCUAGCGAAACAGAAGGGCUUCAAAUGUGGCGCCAUCUCCAUGGGUCAAGGUCAGGACGUGCACGCCCGCCGCCUCAUGCAGGUGUCCAUGGCCGAGGGUCGCUGGGUCCUGCUCCAGAACUGUCACUUGGGGCUGGACUUUAUGGACGAGAUGCUGGACACUAUCCUGACCACUGAGACGGUGCACGAGCAGUUCAGGAUGUGGCUGACCACAGAGGAACACCCGAAGUUCCCCAUCAAUCUGCUCCAGAGCUCCAUCAAGUUCACCAACGAGCCACCCAUGGGGGUCAAGGCUGGCUUGAAGAGGACCUACACAGGUGUCACUCAGGAACAACUGGAGUACAGCAACAUGCCCAUGUGGAAACCUAUGUUGUAUGGUGUGGCUUUCCUCCACACCACAGUGCAAGAGAGGAGGAAGUUUGGACCCAUCGGCUGGAACAUCCCCUAUGAGUUCAACCAGGGUGAUCUCAACGCCACUAUCCAAUUCAUCCAGAACCAUUUGGAUGACCUGGAUCCCAAGAGGGGUGUGAACUGGGUGACCGUUCGCUACAUGAUCGGCGAGGUGCAGUACGGCGGCCGUGUCACAGACGACUACGACAAACGCCUUCUCAACACCUACACACGGGUCUGGUUCAGUGACGUCAUGUUCUCAGACAGCUUCGCCUUCUACACCGGCUACAAGAUCCCGAAGUGUAAGACAGUUGACGAGUACCGGUCGUACAUCGAGUCUCUUCCUUUGGUGGACUCACCGGAGUGCUUCGGUCUGCACCCCAACGCAGACAUCACAUAUCAGACCAAUACGGCAAAUAACAUGCUGUCCACUAUCGUGAGUAUUCAGCCCAAGGACGCCGGAAGUGGAGGAGGAGAGACCCGUGAGGCGGUCGUCUACAGACUAGCAGACGACAUGCUGGAGAAACUUCCGGAAGACUACAUUCCCUAUGAGGUCAAAGAACGUCUUCGCAAGAUGGGCUCCCUGCACCCGUUGAACAUCUUCCUGCGUCAGGAGAUCGACCGCAUGCAGCGGGUCAUCAGCCUCGUGCGAACCACGCUCAUGGACCUCAAGCUGGCCAUUGACGGCACCAUCAUCAUGUCAGAGAACCUCAGGGACGCGCUGGACAACAUGUUCGAUGCCCGAGUGCCGAAUAACUGGAGGAAGGUCUCAUGGGAGUCCACAACUCUCGGUUUCUGGUUCACUGACCUGCUGGACCGCAACAGUCAGUUCCACAGCUGGCUCUUUGACGGGCGCCCCAGCACCUUCUGGAUGACUGGAUUCUUCAACCCACAGGGUUUCCUGACUGCCAUGAGACAGGAGAUCACUCGUGCCCACAAGGGUUGGGCCCUUGACUCUGUCAUCCUUGAGAAUGAAGUGACUAAACUGAUGAAAGAAGAUAUUUCGUCUGGCCCAAGUGAAGGUGUCUACGUGUACGGUCUGUUCCUGGACGGCUCCGGCUGGGACCGUCGCAACGCCCGCCUCAUCGAGCCCACCGCCAAAGUGUUGUACACGCCCCUGCCUGUGGUGCACGUGUUUGCCAACAACCAGGAGAAGCAGCGGGCGGGCAACGUGUACGAAUGUCCGGUCUACAAGAAGCCUAACCGUACUGAUCUGACCUACAUCUUCCCGCUCUUCUUGAAGACGGUGAAGAACGCGGAUUACUGGACCCUCAGGGGCGUGGCCUUGUUGUGUGACAUCAAGUAGACAGUGAUUGACAGGGGGCAUGGUUUUGUUGUGGGGUUUCUAGGAUACAUCAAUUCUUAUUGAUUAUGAUUGGCAGGGAUUUUGGUAUUUGUUUUGGUGGGAUAUCGAGAAGAAAGUGUUUGUCAGGGAGCGUGGCUAACUCUUUGUUAUUUGACAUUUAGUAAUAAAUUAUGGUUUGCAGGGGCGUGGUUUUGUUGUGGGACAUUGAGUAGAAAAUGAUUGUCACAGGUGUUGCUUUAUCAUACCACAAUAAGUAGGAACUGACUGUUAUCGACGUUGCCCUGUUCUGAUACAUUCAAAAGGUAACAUAUUAUUUUCAUGUAAAC